UCAGGCUUCCUUCAGCUUCCUUCCUCUCAAAGGAUUUUCGAAAUAGAUAUACAAUCUUCCUCAAGCUCCGCAAUUUGGGAGAGAACUUGAAGGCAAGCCAUCAAAAACUCUACUGCUGUUUUCAAGUAUCAAAACAAAAGAAUCAACAUCUAUCAACAUACUUGAAAUUCCCGCGUGCUUGUGUGUCAAAAAAGAAGGCCAACUCUGAAGCCUUCAAUGAUGUUGUCACGUCUUCGGAUAUGAUUCAGUUGACAAUGACUGAGCGCCGAGAAGAACAGGAUGAUUUCUUCAGCGCUCCGCGUCAUAUUAUUCUCUUCUUUCUUUCUCUUUUCUUCAUGAACAACACCUUCAUUGUAGAUGACCAGGACGCGAGCCUAAAGUAUACAGGCAAUUGGAGCUUGGCCGGACAACAAGUAGAUUUUGGCCAGACAGCCUCGACCGGUUCGACCGGUGCUACCGCGUCAUUUUCAUUUUCAGGUAACCUGUUGACUGCCGUGGGGGACUUGUAUGGCGGAGGAACCUGCAGCUGCACUUUCUCCAUCGAUGGCGCUUUAACCAACUUUACAUCUGCGGCCCCCCACGGUAAUCAGUACCAACAAACGCUCUGGAUGUCCCCUACUCUCAAUGAUGGCAACCACACAUUCAUUUACACAGUCUCUUCGUGCAAUAAUUCAGAAUCAGCUAUCUGGCUCGACUAUCUACUUUACAACACUUCCAGGACUACAUCGGUGAUUGGCGGUACGAAUUUCUUCGAUGACCAUGACUCGCGCAUAGCAUAUUCGGGGAAUUGGAGCUCAAUCCCGGGGGAAGAUGACUUCCGAGGGACUAUAACUAGUCUUGGACCAAGUAGUUCUUUCUUAUUCGAUUUUGAGGGUACUUCCAUCCAAGUCUUUGGGCGUGUGGAUAACGCUUCGAUUGGGGAAAUCACCGAAGCCUCUUUUUCAGUUGAUGGGGCUCCCUCAGUGUCAUUCACUGCUGUCACUGCUAGUAAUGCGGUGCACAAUAAGCAGUUCUAUGCUUCGCGUCCCCUUGAUACAGGUCAACAUCAAUUAGCCGUCAGUAAUACGGGUAAUAUUCCACUUUGGAUCGACUAUGUACUCGUUCGAGGACAGACUACCAUAAGCAAUGCGGUACCAUACAAAGUCACUGGUACUUCUCAUCGUCACAACAUUUCUGUGAUAGUUGGAUCGGUUGUGGGGGGUGUUUGCGGAAUCCUUCUGUUGUUCGGAAUCAUCUUAUUAUAUCGUCAUUUUAAGCGUCCCAAGAGCGUGACACGCCAGCACGAAGAUAGCCCCCCUCCCGGUACAGUAGAUUUGGCCGACGUAGUGGUGCCCCAUCGUCCACAAUUUGUCCAUCACACCAGUUCAUCUCUCUCAAAGGCUAGCAGUAUUUCCGAAGAACAACGUAUAUCGACACGUCGACAGCUCCCUCUACCACCCUCCCAAGGUAUUCAUGAUGCUUCAGCUUCCGGAUUUGGAUACCGCGAUGUGCAUGACCUCCAGUCAUAUUUACAACCUGAUUUGACCCACGAGGAAAGUUACAUCUCUCUGCCAAACCCGUAUUCCACCCGACAUAGCCAUAGAUCUUAUUCCGAAAGCUCAGUCUCUCGCUCCGUCACUCCAAGUCAUAUUAUACAUUCAACUUCCUUUGUACACUCAGAUACAACGCCAUUUGUAUCGUCAGUCAAUCCAACCUCCGAAGACUUUUCGCCUUCUGAGGUUUCGGGCUAUGGUUUCAGUUUCACUCCCACUCGCCAAAUACAGAGAACUACUCCAGCAGAUGGCGAGUAUUCAUCCGAUUCGGAUAUCAAGCAACGGCAGGGUCAAUUCUUCGUCCUCUCUGUCGAUGGCAUGACCGUCUCACCGUUGGUGCAUACCGAUAGUGGCAUACGUUUACUACACAGACCUCGAAAUGAUGUGUACCCAGAGUUACAACCGGAGCUGCCACCCAUGUACACAGUAGAAUAGUAAAUCUUCAUUCGCAUUCAUUCUGCAUACAUUUGACGUUGUUUUAUGGUGAUUAUUUAAUAGUACUGUAUAGGUCCGUAACACUGAAAUCCCAGCCAAAAUGGGCUCUUGAAUUGAAGUUUUGAGGAUCGCA